AUGUCGGAGGGACCGAGUCAGCGGCUGAGAGGUCGUCCUCGUGGACGUGGCGAAAGUUUUUCCAUGUGCAGAGGUGGAGACUCUUCUCCAUAUGGAGCUCAACGUCUCUCAAAAAAGCCGUCGACAUCGCUUACCAACGAAUGUGUGACCAACGUUGAACCUGUUCUUCUCACUCAGAGGUGGACGGUUAUCGUUAAAGCCGAAUAUCGUUUCUUUUUCCUUGAUGAAGAUGACGAGAUCAAAUUCAGUAACGUUAAUAUUGGCGAUUUUCAUGCAAAGCCACCAAAAGGCGGACAUUCUUGGGGCUUACGCAACAUACCAAGACAAAAGGUUCAAAACAGCAUCCGUGCCGACCACUCUCUUGUAAUAUCGUGCACUAUAGAGCUAUUACCUGAUGCAGGUCGUAUACCUUGUAGAAGGAUCGAACCUAGUGCUUUGGUCAUAACCGACAUGGCCGAG